AAGAUGAACCAGAAUGAUCUGGCUGAACAGAUGGAGAAUGAAUAUAAGCAAGCUCAGGCUGAGGGCAAUAUGAAGACAUUUGUCCCUGUUGAAGCUGAUUCAAAGCAGUGCUGGGAGCUCCAACACUUUAUAAAAACUCACAAAACCAACAUGAAGAAGAAAGCAGAAUAUAGUUUUGAGGGCGACAAAGAAAAUGACACCGAUCUCAUGGCUGUUUACACAGAACUGUUCAUCACAGAGGGAGAUAUGAAAGAUGUCAAUCAAGAGCAUGAGAUUCUGAAGAUUGAUGAUGUUUUCAAGAGCAAAAAAACAAAGGACAAACCAAUCAAAUGCAAUGAUAUAUUUACUGAGUUGAGGAAAAACAAAGAAAAAAAGACUGUGCUGACCAAGGGAGUCGCAGGCAUUGGAAAAACUGUCUCUGUGCACAAGUUCAUCCUGGACUGGGCAGAAGGAAAAGCCAAUCAGGAAAUAGACUGUAUGUUCCUGCUUCCAUUCAGAGAGAUCAACUUAAUGACAAAUGAAGAUUUCAGUCUCCAUGAGCUUCUGCUGGAAUUUUAUCCUGAACUGAAGGAUCUGGAGAAAUCAAAAUUAUAUAAGGAAUGUAAGCUAGCAUUUAUAUUUGAUGGACUUGAUGAGAGUCUCCUGUCUCUGAAUUUUAAAAGUAGGCUACUGAACAAUGUUGAGAAAAAAUCAUCUGUAGAUGUGCUGUUUACAAAUCUAGUCAAAGGGAAUCUUCUUCCAUCAGCUCUUGUCUGGGUGACCUCACGACCAGCAGCAGCCAAUCAGAUCCCUCGUCGGUAUGUAGGUUUGUUCACAGAGGUGCGAGGAUUCACUGAUCAACAGAAGGAGGAGUACUUCAGAAAGAGAAUCACAGAUGAGACUCAAGCCUCCAGAAUCAUCUCACACAUUAAGAUGUCUCGUAGUCUCUACAUCAUGUGCCACAUUCCUGUGUUCUGCUGGAUCACGGCCUCAGUACUUGAGAAUAUUCUCAUUGAAAACAAUGAAGAGAACAUCAGCACAACACUCACUGAAAUGUACAUUCACUUCCUGCUGAUUGAGAUGAACAUGAAGAACCAGAAGUACGAUGAACAAGAAGAAAGAGAAUGUAUAAAGCUUUUGUAUUCAAACAGAACAAUGAUUUUGAAGUUAGCCAAGCUAGCAUUUGAACAGCUGAAGAAAGAACGCAUUGUGUUCUAUGAGAAAGAUUUGAAAGCAUGUGGCAUUAAUGUGAGUAAAGACUCUGAGUUUACAGGAAUGAUCGCUGAGAUCUUUAAGAAGGAAUAUGGAAUUUUUGAGAAGAAGGUCUUCUAUUUUGUGCAUCUGAGUGUUCAAGACUUCCUCGCUGCAGUGCAUGUGUUCCUCUGCUACCUGAACAAGAACAUGCAGGAACUUCAGUUUUUCUUUGAUGAGCCAAAACAAAAUGUCACAUUGGAGGAGUUACUGCAGAAGGCCAUUGAUAAAGCCAUGAAGAGUGAGAGAGGACAUCUGGAUUGGUUCCUGCGGUUUCUAAUGGGCAUUUCACUGGAAUCCAGUCAAAAUCUGCUCGAAGGCCUGAUCACACACACUGAAGACACCACAGAGAGCAUCAGACAAACAACUGAAUACAUUAAACGAGUAAAAAAUAAGUAUGGUAUCUCAGGUGAAGCUUCAGUCAACCUAUUCUACUGCUUACUUGAACUCAAGGAUCAUUCAUUAUAUGAGGAAAUCCAGAGAUACCUCAGUUCAGAUGCACAUCCAGGAAGAGACCUCUCAUCUUCAAUGUGCACAGUGCUGACCUACAUACUGCUGAUGUCAGAGAAGGUGCUGGAUGAGUUCAACCCAAAGAGGUUCACAUCAUCACAAGCAGACCACAAGAAACUUGUUCCAGCUGUGAGAUCCUGCAGAAAAGCCCUAUUUGAUGGCUGUGGUCUUGAUGAAACAUGCUGUGAAACUCUGUCUUCUGCUCUACAAUCGUCAAACUCCUACCUGACAGAGCUGGGCCUGAGUAACAAUCACCUGCAGGAUUCAGGAGUGAAGCUGCUGUCUGAUGGACUGAAGAGUUCACACUGUCAACUGAAAAUACUGAGGCUGUAUGGGUGUAAUCUCACUUCUCAGUCCUGUAAAAGUUUGUCUUCAGUUCUACAAUCCUCAAACUCUGUCCUGAGAGAGCUGGACCUGAGUAACAAUGACCUGCAGGAUUCCGGAGUGAAGCUUCUUUCUGAUGGACUGAAGAACUGUAAGCUGGAGAUUCUGAGAUUUUCCAUCUGUAAUCUCACUGCUCAGUCUUGUGGGAGUUUGUCAUCAGUUUUACAAUCAUCAAACUCUGUCCUGAGAGAGCUGGACCUGAGUAACAAUGACCUGCAGGAUUCUGGAGUGAAGCUGCUUUCUGAUGGACUGAAGAGUCCAAACUGUCAGCUGGAGAUUCUGAGGUUGUCUGGCUGUAUGGUGACAGAGGAAGGCUGUGGUUAUAUGUCUUCAGCUCUGAGUUCAAACCCCUCACACUUGAGAGAGCUAGAUCUGAGCUACAAUCAUCCAGGAGAUUCAGGAGUCAAGCUUCUCUCUGAAAAACUGGAGGAUCCAAACUGCAAACACAAGAAAUUAAAUGUGGAUCAUGGAGGAGAAUCCAGGAUUACAGCAGGACUACAGAAAUAUGCCUGUUUUCUCACAAUGGAUCCAAACACAGCAAACACUGAACUCAGUCUGUCUGUGGGGAACAGAACAGUGAUACAUGUGGAAGAGAAACAGUCGUAUCCUGAUCAUCCAGACAGAUUUGAUUUUUAUUCUCAGGUGUUGUGUAGAGAGAGUGUGUGUGGACGCUGUUACUGGGAGAUUGAGUGGAGUGGAGAAUAUGUGUCUAUAUCAGUGUCAUAUAAGAGCAUCAGCAGGAAAGGACGGGGUAGUGAGUGUGUGUUUGGAUGUAAUGAUCAUUCCUGGAGUUUGAUCUGCUCUCCCUACAGAUACUCAUUCAGACACAAUAAUAUAUGGACUAAUCUCCCAGUAAAGCCCAUCAGCAAAUGUUGUAGAAUAGGAGUGUUUGUGGAUCAUAGUGCAGGAACUCUGUCCUUCUACAGCAUCUCUGACACAAUGAGCCUCAUCCACACAGUCCAGACCACAUUCACUCAGCCGCUCUGUGCUGGGUUUGGAGUAGAUUAUUCUGGAACAUCAGUAAAACUGUGUUGA